AUGGGCGGCUGCCAAGUUGAGCACUGGACACGCACCGGUGCGUUUCUGCCCAAGGUCGACGGCGACGCGUCCAAUGAGGCGCCGCCCAAGACGACGGAAGACAAGUUUGACUUUGCGUACAACCAUGGCGUGGAAGAGGUCGGUUCGGACUUGUCCUCCCUGCCGACCGAGCUGAUCGGCGCCGAAGGCGAUCCAUUGAUCCCCACGCCGGCCGUCAUCGACCGCAUGUUUCACGAGGCCCGUGCAACGUGGCAGCGUUUUGUCUGCGAAGCCGACGCGUUGCCACCGGGCUCGGUCCCGUGCCAUCUCAACGACCCGUACAUCUUGCUACAAGACGUGCCGCCGCUGCCCAGACAGAUGCCGUCUACAUUGCUCUUGGCCGGCCAGCCGAUGUGGCACAUAUCGGACCCCCUACAGGACCAGGGCGCAACAAACGGCGCAACGGGCAUACGCGACACGAAAGACCGGGGCAGUGCUGUGGACCUGCAAACGGUGGCAGGCCGGCGUGAAGAAGUUGUCUUGUGGUACAAGAGGGCCAUUACAUUCGGUACCUUGCCUGCACCGGCCCGCCCGUCGGAUAUCGAUGCAGACGCACAUGCACAUACACCGGCUGCACCGUCACGCGGCCAUCUGAUCCUUACACUCGGCUGGGCGUACAUCUUGUCGGUGCGUCUCCUUGAAAUUCAGCGUCGGACGGUCGUGUAUACGCCCGAGGCGCUGCAGCCACAGAGUGCGGACAACGCGGCGCGCUUGCGACAGCAGGGCAGGCUGGUCCUCAACCUGACGGGCGACAGCGUCUCGCCACAGCUGGUCCGAUGGCUGUGUGCACUUCUGUCGCCACAGCCUGGCUGGCGCGCCAGAGGCGCUCGUAUGGUGCCGCCGUGGGCGUCGUUGUGGACGGGGGAUGCCGUCUUCGCCGUGGUCGCCAACGACGACAUCCAAGAGACCGCGCCGCCGUCGUCAGCCGGUGCUUCGAUCCUGCUUGCCGAGUUUUGUGCUCUCUAUGGGUUUGACGCGGUGGAUGAGGCGAAUGAUGUGGUGACGGUUUCGCCCAUUACCGCGUCAUUCAUGGCUGCACUCACACUGCCUUUGUAUAGACUCUACGGCCUACAGCCACAGUUUCCGUUGCCACAUCUGCGGAGGCGUAAGAACUACCGAUACGGCCGAGACGAGGGGUCGGUGCCGUGCUUGCCAAGCAUUCAACGGUAUGUCACCGACUUGAACUACUUUAUGACGCUCAGUAGCAGCCCGCGGUUGGUCGCUUCCAUCGUCUGGAGCGUCUUCUGGCAGCCCGGCGUCGAUGCCCGCCUGGUCAGUCCCUGGCUGGCCGGCACGCUGGAUGCCCUGCGCCCCGUUCUGGCGUCACGCAGCGCCUUGAAGCUCGUGCAGGUCUUUGCCCUGCGUAGGCCGCGCGUGGCUCUUUGGUGGUUGGGCAUGAGCAUGCUGGGCAACUCGCACAUCCUCGACUGGGUGGAGCGGUACCUGGAGAGGCUGGAGGAGCAGGAAGGAUGCGGUUCGCUGGCCACGCCCGACCUCACUGCGUUCGCCUGGUCCGGCGUCCCGCACGCCUUUUCCCACGCUCCGCCACCGGACCCCUACGAAGACACAGACACGGCUGAAGGCGAUGAGGCGACAUCGCAGCCGAUUGCGAGAAGCGACCUGUUGUGGCACCGGAUGAACUUCAACCUCCAAGACAGAGCCUCGAUCCCUCUUGCGUGGCGUCCCUUUGGACACGUUCGCAAAUCAUGUAUCGAACCGGACAUUUGGCCUUGGCUCGAACGCGGCUGCCAGCGCCAGUACGUCGCAUGGGUAUGGUGGAUCAAGGAAAACAACAGCGUCACAUGCAGCGAGCAGCGCGGCUUCCAGGCCGACACAGGCCGCACCGUCAAGGACGUGCCGGAUCAGCUUGAUAUGUGUAUAAAGGAGAGCCGUACCAUUACAACACGGUCAGUAAACGCAGUCGUUAAGCUUGAGCCGUCCUUGGAAGCAACGCGGCGUAUGGUUAGCUUUUGUAUGGUCGACAUGCGCGGCGAACACGACAUGAGCUUGGCGGUUUUCAAUGGAAUCCAGUCGCAUAUGUGGAUUCGCGGAUGGGGAGGCUUUGACUAA